GGUGAUAAAUGGAGUAGGAGACGUGUCCUGCUCCACCCCAAACUCGUGCCGUCCCGUCUAGCACCGUUUUAAUCGGAUACGCGGGCGGGGCAAAUUGAAAGAAAAUAAUCAAUUGAACGGGGAUGAGAUUGGCCGACACGUUGCGAUUGCUAUCUGAUUCUUCCUCUGGCACAAUGUUAUAUAUAAAAAUAACACCACUCUUUCCCCAUUUUCUUUAUUGAAUUGAAGCAAUAAUAAUUUCUCUCUUUAUAAAUAUAAUCAUCAGUUAUCAGAGGGAAGGAGAAAAAUGGCCGAUCAGCUGACGGAGGACCAGAUCUCAGAAUUCAAGGAAGCCUUCUCUCUAUUCGAUAAGGAUGGCGAUGGUUGCAUUACGACCAAGGAACUUGGGACUGUGAUGCGCUCUUUGGGACAGAAUCCAACUGAGGCUGAGCUUCAGGAUAUGAUCAAUGAGGUUGAUGCUGAUGGGAAUGGGACAAUUGACUUCCCAGAAUUUCUUAACUUGAUGGCCAGGAAAAUGAAGGACACUGAUUCUGAGGAGGAGCUUAAGGAAGCUUUCCGGGUCUUCGACAAGGAUCAGAAUGGCUUCAUUUCUGCUGCUGAACUUCGCCAUGUCAUGACAAAUCUUGGUGAGAAGCUCACCGAUGAAGAGGUAGAUGAGAUGAUCCGCGAAGCCGAUGUUGACGGUGAUGGGCAAAUCAACUAUGAGGAGUUCGUCAAGGUGAUGAUGGCCAAGUGAGAACUGAACAAGACAAAACUCAAUCUUGAAAAGUAUUAAAUAGACCCAAAAGUGGAAAUAGGGAAAUUAAAUUUGACGAGAUUUCUGUUUCUGGUUAAGACGCCCUCUCUCCUGUUUCUGGGUGCUAACCUAUUUUCCUGUUUGCAUUGUUUUAAGUGCUAUUCUUCAGUUCAUGCAUGUUUGCUCUGUCCCUUGUUUUGACAUUUUGGGUUGUUAAGUAUCUUUAAGUUUCUUUGACAGAGAACUUUCACUUAUUUUCUUAUCGGUGACCAGUUUCUUGAUAUACUUACAGAUAUACACUUGUGUUUCCCUAUAGAUUUUCUGGAUUGAACUGA